GAAGUUCUACUACAUCACUCUGCUGAGAGAUCCCGUGUCUCGCUACCUCAGCGAGUGGAGGCACGUGCAGCGGGGAGCUACGUGGAAAACCUCCCUGCACAUGUGCGAUGGACGAACACCAACGCCCGAGGAGCUGCCUUCCUGUUAYGAGGGGUCAGACUGGUCGGGGUGCACACUGCAGCAGUUUAUGGACUGUCCUUACAACCUGGCCAACAACAGACAGGUUCGAAUGUUGGCAGACUUGAGUCUGGUUGGCUGCUACAACAUGUCCACGGURCCGGAGAAGAAGAGGGCCCAGCUGCUGCUGGAGUCGGCCAAGAAGAACCUGCGUGACAUGGCCUUCUUUGGUCUGACCGAGUACCAGAGGAAAACCCAGUUCCUCUUUGAACGGACCUUCAGGUUGCGCUUCAUCAGGCCUUUCAUGCAGUACAACAGCACUCGGGCUGCAGGGGUGGACCUGGACAACGCCACGGUGCAGCGCAUCGAGGAGCUGAACGAGCUGGACAUGGAGCUGUACGACUACGCCAGAGACCUGUUCCAGCAGCGCUACCAGUACACGCGGCAGAAGGAGCGGCGGCAGCAGCGCAUCAAGAACCACCUGCAACAGAGCCGCCAGGGCCUCGGCCCGGGCGUCGGCCUGUGGCCCCCCCGCGGCCGGACCAUCUCGGAGUCGACUCAGGAGGACAGGGAGGGGGAGCGGGUGGAGAGGGAGGAGCGGGAGGACGGCGAGGAGGGGGGCCGAACGGAGGAGGCGGGCAUCAGACUCCCCACSGAGGACUACAUGAACCAGAUCAUCAACCGCUGGUAGCAGCGGAGCGAGAACAAACAUGCAUUACGUAAUGUGAAACUCACACACUUUCCAUCCGCGGAAAGACGUGCCCGCUUCAAAAGACCCCAAAACCCACGACAGACUGGCAGAGGUUGGGGGUAGCAGGAAUCUAGCUCUCAUUAUUGAGCUUUGCCCAGUUGUUAUUGGCGCCUGCCUGCCCUUUCCCCCCACCCCACACACGCCCCYCCUCUCCGCGUUUCCUUGUCGCGCUCCCAUCAUUUGUUCCUGAACAGGAUGGCGGAAGAGGGGAGGGAUCUUUUUUUUUUUUUUAAGUCGUUCAGCUCCCGUCGCCGCGCUUCUCCUCUUGCAUCCCUCGCAUUUCCUGUGGGCCCGACAUGGAGCGCGAGAAAUGGAACUCAAGUCUGUGAAUUCCUCGGUCGUUUCCUCCUGGACGCAAUGAAAGUCRGCGACGAACAAAGAAACUGGUGGAACGUGAGAAACUCUCUCAGUUGUGUUCUAAAAGCUUUGUGCUUACAUAAAAAUCAGCCAUUUCACCCAUACUUUGGUCCUAAAUUAGGUUCAUCCUUAAUUUUUUUAAAAUGUGAUUUUAUUUGUAUGUUGAUUUUUUUUUUUUUGCUUUUUUUUUAAAGCAGAAUUGUAAUAACACUGAGACCAACAUUGCUGCCUAAUGACAAGUGAUUCCUUCAUGUCUUUUAUUUUGAAUUGUUUUAUAAGUGGAACACUAAAGGAUUGGAGUGAUAAACAAUGGACCAUAGCCAUUACUGAAGCCUCGCUUCUUUUUGUUUCUUUAGGGAUGGGGCGGGUGAUGGGGACAGUUUUUCUGAUAAAGGCUCCCAAAGCUCCUGUCGUUCCAUUAUUUCUCCUCCUUUUAGGGUCUCGGCCCCCCUGCGGAGGACGGCAGCCAAUCAUAGAGCCGAGUCUCACGUAGGUGCGAAGGAACCAGGCGCGGAGGGGUUGGGAGUCUWGCUGCAGGUUGUUGCCAGGAACGGUGCAGCUUUGGAAGCCUUAACUCAGACAAACGCUUGAAAUGGGAGCUGUGAAACUACCGGUCACCAUGGUGACGUGAGCCCUUAAUGUAGUGGGUGGCAUUUUAAGCUUUUUUUUUGCCCCUUUCAGACUGCGUUGUAAAAGCAGCAAUCUCAUACGGUCCUCGGCCCCACCUUAAAGGGCAAACACAGCUCUGGUGACCCGUAGUUUGUCGUUGGUUUCACCCUGAAGAGCAGACGGGGCGAGGUAGCAGUGCCUCUGUGUACCGGGAUCAUAGUCAACAUAAUUAGUGCCAGAUAUUACGUUGGCAUUAUACUACAGUAAUUUCUUUGACUACUCGUAAAUCUGAGUGUGUGUAUGUGUGUAAAUAGUGUGUACAGUAUGCCAGAUCAGUGUAUGCUUCUGUAAAUAGUGUGAAUGACCGACAGAGGAUGUUUUGCGAAUGAUUUGUUUCAUGACCAAUUWUUUUUGUUUGUUUGUUUUUUGUUUGUUUUGUUGUUUUUUGAGGUGAAAGGUGAUGCAUCAACAGCAUGACUCAAAUGCGUGACCGUCACCGUGAUGCAAGCCCCUCCUUUUUAUUCUUCCUCCCGUCGUUCUCGUCUCUCCUUCCCAUGACACGACCAGGCCUGAAUCACUACGCCCGUUUAAAUUUGUAAUUCAUUUUAUUUCAUCAUCCUUUAUUUUUAAUUCCAUCCGUUUAUAAGCUCAGCACAAAUACACUCAGAAUAUUUGAAAUUAAAAGAACUGAAGGAAUGCAUAUCCAUUCAAACCAGACUUUUUAAACUACAGUCUUAAGAUGAGAAAUGAGGACUUUUAUCUGUUUUAAUCUCAUCGUGUAAAUUAUAUUUUGCGAUUUCAUGCAAGAGAUGUUUUGAGGCCGACUCUCGGCUACUGUUGCAUCAAAUUUUAGUUCAUGAUCUGUGAAUUUGACUGAGAUAGAUAUUUGAUUAGCUGAGUCUACAAAAGUUGAAUGAGUUGCAGACGUUCAGCUGAUGAUUACUUUCGGAGAAGUUCCUUAAAAUCCAUCAAGAGGUUCGUGAGAUAUUUUGCUAACAGAGUUGACUGUAAUAGGUAACGCCAACGUUAAAAAACAAAACCCGCAUACAAUCGGAGGAUAUGUUAGGAAUGACUCUCAGCUACUACCACACCAAAUUUAGUUUGAUAACUGUAAGAUUGACGGAGUUAAAUCCAUUUCUGGCUCCAGAAGUUAACGAGUUCGAUGUGCAUUCUUUCUGAGAGAUUCUGUAAAGUCCAUCCAGUGGUUCAUGAGAUAUUUUGCUGACAAACGCAGGCAAAAGAAUCAGCCCAAUCGUUUUUAACAGCAGGGGAUAACAAAAAGGGAAAUCUCAACAUCCCUUCUUUUUGUUUUCACUCUGUUAUCCCGCUGCAGGUCAUAUCUCCUGUGAUUCCUCAGAGCUCAACUUAUUUACCUGAGCAGACAGACGUUUACUCAGGCCCCACAUGUAGAAGUUGAAAUAUUUUGCAAGCAAAUAGAUGGUUUAGAUUUCACAUUUCGUUAGGAGUCACAACAUGCAUCAAAAAAAAAACAUGUUUUCCUGCAAAGAAACUUGAAAUAAAUCAGAAAAGAAUGUUUUGCGUUGAUAAAAAAUCACAGCAGUGAAGCUGUUUGUCAGCUGCAGGUAAUCCAGGCUGAGUUCAGGGAAGCUAAAAUAAAUCUUUUGGCAUUCGUCCGUGUUUGGCCAAUGAUUGUUUGUCGAAGAGCAACAGGAGCCAAUUACUGCAGGCGGACUUAUCUGGUUAGAAAAACACAGAGUGCAAAUUAGUUUCAGGCGUAUAAUCGAUAUUUAAAGUGAUCAGCUUGUGUUUAGGAAUCUAAGGUAGAAGAAUCGGCUACAUGUGGUCAUAAUCAACAUUUGUUCGGCUGCAAAAUGAAUUAUAUUUAUUGGAUGUCUAUAUAUAUUUAUAUAUAUUUAACAUAAAAAGAAAGUGUUUUUGCUUGUUUGAUUCAGAUUUAUUACUGGGUUGGAGAAGUUUGGACAUGAACCAUUUAAUUUAAUCUGAAUGUAGCUCGAGUUCAGUGUCAUUACGUGAUGAAUGAAGCCAACCUACUUCUUUUGUCCUCACAAACCAUGAUGUAACUUUUAACAACCCAACCAUCUGGUUAUAUUUGAGCUGAUCACACUGGAUCCUCCCCUUGUUGUGUGAUCAGCUCCUUUUUUAAUCGGGAGUAAAUCAUGAUGGGAAGGAGAGAAGAGAGGUUUGGAUGAAAGGCAGCGGGACUGAUCCAGAGUCCUCGCCCUUCUUUUAGUGUAGCUUUUCAAAGUAAUGCAAUAAAGACAGAGAAAUGGAUACGAGGACAAGGGAUCCUCCUUUUCUGUAUCRGCUUCCAAGUCAGUUUUUAUGUUGUUGUUUUUUUUUUUUUAAUGGUGACUUGAAAACACUGCAGGUCCCAGCUUUAUUGUGCCCACAAAUUACUUUUUAAGUGUCAGACUUGCAUCAGUCUGUGAUUGGACUCCAAACCGAUAUGUGACUGCGUUUGUGGGUCGAAAGGAAAACUCAAUUUUUUUCUCCCCUUUUUUUAUUUUGAUCGUUAUUUUAAGCGCUCCCGUUUCAAAGUGGUCCUCAGAAAAAAAAACAGCGUGUGGAAAAAGCUAUUACUGACAUCAUUCCAGAAGCUGAUGCUGUAAAAGGCAAUUUUUUUUGUUUGUUUGUUUCAUCCAUGUGUUUAUUUGAUGUGUUGUCUCCUUUGUGAAAAUGAACAAACAGGUAUCGCUAGCAUCGUCCUCCUUUAAAGCGUGUUAAAGAGUCUGAAAGGGAUUUAUUUUUUAUUUGUGUGCAGUUUGUCUGCCUCCCUCCCGUGUACGCAUUUUUCUGGGUUUGUUUCCUACGAUUGCAAAGAUGAAUCAUCAAGCCACCAAUUAAAAUAUUUCAUUUUUAUAAACCA